AUGAAUAGGGCUGUAUCAACAUCUUCAACCGCCUCUACUGCUAACUCUUAUGGAACUUUGCCUUCAUUAGAUGACUCCUUUUCAUCAAUAUUAAAUGAUAAGUCAUUACUUAAGGAAUGUUACCAAUACACAUUAAAGGUUAUACUUUUAGAAUAUAUAAACGAACCUAGAUUUGAAGGCUCCAUAGAAAAUAAUAAGGAAAACAUACAAUCGAAGCCUAUAAUGUAUAAUUCAGAACAAGAACUCGAGGCUUUGAAAAAAAUUAUGCCUAAAUUAAAAAAAUAUUUGAAUGAUGUAGCAAUUCAGAAAAUCAAAAUGCAAAAAAACGAACCAUUGAAAAGAAGUUUAUUAAAGUUUUAUAAUGACUUUUUUUUAACACCUGGCAAAAAGAACAACACAAAAUUCGAAGAAUUAAUUAUGUAUUUUAGUAAAGCAGCAAAUGGCGAGCUCCAUAAAUUACAAAAUCCUAAUAUACAUGAACAAUUAUUUUACCAAUUAUCUUUUUUCAUCGAUUUAUUGAUAAAAUUUGUUGUUGAAACCCGUUUACCUUAUUCCAAUACGAUUAACCAAAGAUUAAAUGAAUACAAGGAAUCUUUUGACCCCAAAUCAAACAAAAAAGUAACCUCCUUCAAUCAAAGCAAUGAGAACGCACCAGUUUUAAAACCUACUUUUAAACUUGCCGAAAUUACUCAUUGCAAAUAUUUACUUCAAUUGUUUGGCGACCUAAAUGAGCUCAAUUUACAACAGGAUGUAAUAAAAACUAUGAAGAACGUAGAUAACAAUAUUUUCCAACAAGAGUUAAUGCAUUACAAAGAUAGAUUGCUAAAAGAUAAACUUUCUUUAGAAAAUCCUGGAACCUUUCCUACUCGUCAAACCUAUCAAGCUUGGAAGACCCGCGAAUUAAAUGAACUUAACAGCUUGAUCCGCGGUAAUGUUAAACCAUCAAACACUAACCUGGAUCGUUUAAUACCAGAAAAUGGAAGAUCUUUACUACUAGUAUUAUUAGUCCAAAUUAUGAAGUUGGAGAAUGCUUUCCAAUCUGGUAUGUUCGCUUUAUCUAGCACCGCACUAUUUUUACUGAACAAAUGUUGCAAAAUUUGGAGAUGUACAACUCCAAGUAUUAAAGCUUCACUUCUUUAUACUGCCACUAAUAUGGUUUAUUUAACAGAUGAAGAAAUCAAUCAACCUUAUAUUAAAGCUUUUUUUGAAUUUAUUAACAAUAAACUUUUGUUAGAUAAUGAUGAUCUAACAACUGAAACAUGGUGUGAUUUAGAUGCUCGAACUUGGACGUUAAAUUUGAACUACAACUUCAACCAAUGUAUGAUUUCAUUGAAAUAUUUAAUAACUGCAUUAUUUUCAAAUACAAAACCAAAAUUUUCGCCGGUAUUGAAUAUCUAUUAUGUUUAUUUGGAUAGCGAUCCUCUUUUCCAUCAAUAUUUAGAGGAAAACGAUAUAGUAUCAUUAUGGGUCAAUAAGAAACUGAAAAGGGUCCUGUAUAAAACAACUGAGCAGUAUUAUAUUUCUUUAAUAAAACAAUUACCCAGGGAUACAUCUUUAGAAUUCUACCAUAUCAAGGAGCUUGCUGAUACCAUUCUAACCCACAUAGAGGCUAUUCAAAAGAAAUAUCCCAAGCCGUUAUUGGAUAUGAUUAACUUGGCUGUAGAAUCUGGGAAAAUUUUAACACAAGCUUUUGCAUCCGAUAUAGGAGACAUAUUAUCAAUGGCUGAAAACAAUCUUAAGGCAACCAAAAAGAAAAUACCAAUUACAGAUUCUAUCGCCACCUAUAAUGUUUUGUGUGAAUUAAGAGGCGUGUAUUUGCAAAUUAACAAGGAUGCUCGGGAAUUUCCAUUCAAUUUAGAAGGGUCAUUUUUUAAAUACUUAACAACAUUUUGUGACGAAGCUGCAGAUAAAAUAUUACAAGUAUCAGAAAGUUCGAUCCAACAAGAUAAAUGGGUACCGAUAACUGACGAUCAAUUAUUUAGUAUUUCGGUUGUUGACAUUUUCAAAAUGAUUAAUGAAACUUUUGAGAUGUUUGAUAAGAUGGGUUGGGAAAAUGAAUAUCAAAUAAACAAAUUAUAUACGCUUCUAUUGAAAAGCGUAUCUAUUGUUGUGAGUGAUUAUACACAAAAUGCAUUGAAUUUAAUACUAGAGGAUUUACAAGCUUCUGAUGAACCCGCUGAUGAAAAUUUGAUUGAAGAUAACACAUUACCCAGGGAAAAUAAGGCUUCUUCGGCUUGGAUUUUUAGUAGUAUGAAACAUGCAUUGACUGGGAAUAAUGGAACUGCGACUAGUACUGCAGAUACAAUUGCAGCAGCAGCUGAUAAGGAAUCCUUGAAGCCGUACGAGUUUAAACAAAGGACCUGUGUACUGCUUAAUAACUUGAAUGAAUUUAUCAAUAAAUUAAAUGAUUUGGAGGAGAAAUUAGAUCCGGAAAAAAUUUCUCAGGUUGUCGUGCAAUAUGAAAGACAAGCCAAAGUCGAACCGAAUGCGACCACUCCACCCCCACAUCAACUUUACACUAUUAGGGUUAUGGAUGCUGUUGACAUUAAAGGUUGCAGUUCUGAUGGCUUAUCCAAUUCAGUUGUCACAUUACUAGAUACAAAAGUCCAAAAGGAAUUUGCCAGAACACAAAUUAUUCGGAAAUCCGUUACGCCGGUGUGGGAUGAGGAAUUUGAGUUGGAUGUUCCCGGGAAACAAACAAGAUUGAUUCAGGUUAAUAUAUGGCAUCAUCAUAAUAAAAAACUAUCCCCAUUAAGCAAAUAUACCAUGCUGGGUAAAACUUCAAUCUUAUUGGAUCCCAAAAGAUUUUCUGAUGAUGGGUUCCCCGAAGAUAUAACAUUAGAUUUAGACACUCAAGGUAAAAUUCAUUUACAAAUAUCUUUGGAAAAUGAAAAGUUAGAUGCCUUAUUUUGCUUUGGCCGAUCGUAUAGAACAUUAACCAGAGGUAUCGAUCGUUCAAUCUCAUUAAUGGUUGACAAAUUUACAAAAUUUGUUGAAUUUUCGAUUUCAAGAAACACCCUAAAAACUAUUUGCGGGAACCAUGGUAUUGUAAAACCAACUUUAAAUGAUACAUACGAUGCCAUCAAUCCCCUUUUCGAUUAUUUGAACUCAACUUUGAAUAUUUUAGGUAGUGAACUAUCUCGUGAUUUAUUGUUUAAAAUAAUGAUUCGAUCAUGGAAUGUUAUUUUGAAAACAGCUGAUGAAUUAUUAGUACCUAUGUUAUCUACUGCUAGUAUUGGAUAUUUCCACAGUAUAAAAAGUAAAAGUGUUUGGGAAAAUGCAAUGGCCUCUGUUUCUGGUGGCAUUAAAAACUAUGUACCUAGAUAUGGCCGUGCUUUGUCAGAUAUUGAAAUGGAAGUUGUUUUUCAAUGGCUACGCACGUUAUGUAUUGACUUUUUCCAUAACAAAGGCGAAGGUCCCCCAAUGGAAGAUCUAAAUACCCAAUUUUAUAGGAAUAUGAUGCUAAUUCCAGUGUUUUAUGACAAAUCAAUUGAGGAGCUUCAUGGUGAAAUAGAUAGAUUAAUUCCGAAAUAUAUUGAAUAUUUAGAGACACGGAAUCAUUUAUCUGGUGUGGUGUCUCAUUCACACGGCCAUACCUUAGAUAAUACUGGUGAUAAUAAGUUGCAAAAGACCCAAAUAGUUGCACGUAAAAAAACAAUUAUAGGGAACUCUUCGAGAAGAAGAAGGAAUGAAAUUGAAAAGCAAAUAAAGGAACAAGAACAGGAUACAUUGGAAGUUACUUCGCAAACUACAGAUGUUGUUUUGAGGGUUUUAUUAUCCAAAUGUGAUUUUGGUUAUGUUCAAAAGAACCUAGAUGCAAGGCAACGAAUUUCUAAAAACAUCGCUGCCAAACGAUUUUUGCAAACUUUGUUAAAUAAAUAA